AUGUCCUCAUCCAAAAGAAGACGAACGCUAGCUUCUCGGUCUCCAAUCACCCCUCGAACUUCGGGACGACGACUGGGGCCCAGGGCAUCGUCGAGUCGAGCAUCAAGCAUUUCGAGUGGGCUUCCUCAAACCCCAAGAGCCCAGUUAGCAAGUCAAUUGCGGACUCCUUUUACGACAGAAACCAGGGUCCAGACUGAAAGGUCCGCGAGAGCUACUGACGGCUUCGACGAUCAUGUCAUCGCAGCUAUUGACACCAAGGAUCAUGAAACUGUGGGAUGUGCCUAUUACUCAGCCGAAGAAGAGAAAAUGUACCUGCUCAGUGAUACCCGCUUUGGAGGAAUGGAGACUGUGGAUGCAUUACUUCUCCAGAUAAAGCCCACAGUGGUGUUGGUGCCCCCUCGUGUUGACCUUGAUUCCCAGAAUCAAAAUCAAAAUCUUGCCCAAGAAGACGUGUCGUCUGCAUAUCUCCCUUACCAGAUUGACACCCGCCCAGCAUCGGAAUUUAGCUACUCAAAUGCAGAAAGCAAGAUUAUUGCACUGGACAUCUCGUCUACCCAUGAAAACCGCCUCCGUUUCUUCGUGCCCCAAGAUGGCCUUGCCGAACCCGAAGAAGUGAAUUCUCAAGAAAUGGGAUUUACUCUCCGAGAGGGAAGACUUUUGCACAUUUCCAGCUCCGUUGACAUGGAAAACCCCGUGACUAUCGGCUGCGUUGGUGCUAUACUCACCUACUUGCAAAGAAGAAGGACUGUGGCACCAAGCGCUCUGGAAGAGCCGAGCGAGUAUCGAAUUCGGGCGUUGCAAAUGUUUAAUCUGCAAGACACAAUGUGGAUCAAUAGCAACACAUUCAAUUCUCUUCAGAUCAUUCAGUCAGAGUCACACCCAAACAUGUUCAACCAAGGCCCAGGAAAAAAGUCCGCAGCGGGAAAAGAAGGACUUUCGGUGUACGGUCUAUUCCAACACUUUGCAUACACUCCUCAAGGCAGGGCCAGGCUCAAGCAAAGCUUCUUUCGCCCGAGUGUCGAUCUCGUCACUAUUCGUGGGCGACAUGAGUUCAUAGGGGUGUUUUCAAGACCAGACAACCUUUCAGCAAUGGAGAAGAUAACUAAGGCCUUGAAACACAUCAAAAAUCUGAGACCUGUGAUGGUCAAUCUGCGGAAGGGAAUCAGUACUGGCAGCGCUAAGAUCACAGGAUUCAAAACUACAGUUUGGGCUAGCCUCCUUGCUUUUGCAUUCUAUGCUAUUGAUAUCCAAGAUGCACUGCAAGAAGUCUCGGGGGCGCAUCCCCUAGCUCUUCGCACAAAGGCACUAAGAGUACUUCAAGCAGCCCAACUAUACCGGGUUGGCCGUAUGAUCCAAGAAAUUGUUGAUAUUGACAAUUCCGAGGAGCAAGGGAGAACCGUCGUCAAACAGGGAAUCGAUCGAGAGCUUGACCGGAUCAAAGAUAGAUAUGAUGGCUUGAAUAUUCUUCUCAAACAAGUCGCUCUCGACAUUGCCGCGACUAUUCCCGAAGACCUGAAUGUCGACAUCAAUGUGAUAUACUUCCCCCAGCUCGGGUUCAAUAUUGCCAUUCCGCUCAAUGAUCAUGGCGCUGCGACAUAUGCUGGCUCCCACAAUGAAUGGGAGAUGAUGUUUCUCACAGAGAACAGAGCCUAUUUCAAAGACUUUCACAUGAGAGAGAUGGACGAGAAACUCGGUGACAUUUACGGUCUUAUCUGUGAGAAAGAAAUUGACAUUGUUCUCUUGGCCCUCACUCAAGCAGCAAGUUUUUACAAGCUGGUUAGACCAAGAAUGGUUGAUCAAAAUGUGAUCAAAAUCAAAGGUGGCCGGCACAUCCUUCAAGAAUUGACAGUUGCGUCUUAUGUGCCAAACGACACCUAUCUCACAAGUGACACUACACUCAAUUAUGACGAAAUUACUUCUCCUGCGAAUUGCGAUCCUAGCAUGCUGAUCCUGACAGGCCCCAACUACUCUGGAAAAAGCGCCUACAUCAAGCAGGUGGCACUGAUUGUCUACCUGGCACAGAUUGGAAGCUUCGUUCCUGCGGACAGUGCGGAGUUAGGAAUCACAGACAAGAUUUUGACCAAGCUCAACACACAAGAGAGUGUCUCCAAGAUCCAAAGCACUUUCAUGAACGACCUGCAACAAGUGUCACUUUGCCUGAGACAAGUCACGAGCCGCAGCUUGGUUCUCAUCGAUGAAUUUGGCAAAGGAACCAAUGAAAGCGAUGGAAUUGGGCUCGCCUGCGGAACAUUUGAGUAUUUGCUCAGCCGCAAGGAUCCUGCCAAAGUAAUUGCAGCAACCCAUUUCCACGAGAUCUUCGAGAACAACUUCCUCGAGCGUCGGCCGCAGCUUCAGCUUGGCCAUAUGGAGGUCCAAGUCUCUGAAGAACCCGGAGAGAGCGAGGACCAGGUCACCUACCUCUACAAGUAUGUGCUACACACUACACACCACACACUUGAUUUGAUGCUGAUCGAGAAUUACAUAGCUUUCGCCCUGGGCGCAGCAACAAGAGCUUUGGCACCAUGUACGUCUUCACUCCCAUCGGGUCUUUCUCACCGGCCUCAUUUCAAGUUGCUUACGUGGUAUAGCUGCGCGGCAAUCAAUGGUAUUGAUCCAGUCGUCGUUUCCCGUGCCAACGAGAUCACAUCUCUCCUAGCACGAGGCGAAAACAUCGUUGCGGCAUGCGCUGCCCUAUUGCCUGGGGAAAUGGAAGACCUCGAAGAAGCGGACUUGCUUGCGAGAAACUUCCUAGAGAUUGAUUUCACCCACACUGCUUCAGAUGCUACUGCCAAGGCAGUUUUCGAGGGCUUGUUUUAA